AACUCAAUCAAAUCCAUUUGAAUUUUGAUUGGCUAUUUCUUACUUCUUCUUUUUCUUUUUUUUUUUUAUUUUCUUUUCUUUUAUAUUAUUAUAAGUAGUAACGAAAUGGAAUUACAUUGUAAUAUUAUUACCUGUAGAAAAAUUGUUUAUUAUGAACAAAAGGCCUGUGUCACCUCUUGCUCCCCGUGUGCCAAUAUCAAAUUCGGUCAAGCUCUUAUUUGUCCUGCCUGUGAAACAAGUCUUACUCAAAAGAAUGAUAUUGUACUUGUUCAAUUGGCUCCAUCUGAAGAAUAUAAAACUUCUGUUCUUGCAGGGUUAAAACCAGAUAUCAUUAUGGAUAUAUGCAACCGUGCCUUAUCCUUUUACAAUUAUCAAGUAUCUCAAGAAUUUUAUUAUCGCGAAGCCUUACAAGUCUCACUGGAAAAUCAAUUGGAAACUAGACAAAAUCGUUUACAAGCUACUAUUCAGGAACAUACUCGAUUACUCAAAGUGGAAAAGGAAAAACUACAAGCUUUAAUCAAGGAAAACGAAUUGGAAAAGAAACGAAACUAUGAUUUGAAAGCUGAAAUACAAAGCAAAUCAAGGCAGUUUAUCAAAAUACAGCAAAUGUAUGACAAGUUGAAACAAAAGUCAAUGGGCUCUAUGAUUCAACAAUCGGUUCAAGGCAACAGGUCGAUUCUGGAUGGCGAUACAGACACUAAUAUCUAUGGCAAUACCACCCAUUAUCACGAUAACAAUAGUCAAGUUGGCGCUAUAUUUCAUCCUGAUCCAUUACAAAGAUCAUAUCGUGUACCUUAUAGUAAUGUACCUUCACUCAAAACUUACCAUCCUCCCUUACAUGAAAGGGAUGAUAUGCUGGAUUCAAUGCGACAUACAACAGUAGAACAACAAAAACAACAACAACAGCAGCAGCAGCAACAACAACAGCAUCAGAAUACAGCGACAACAGCGACAACGGCACCAAUGACAUCCUAUAAAAAUAACAAUCAUCAUCAAACACUAGGAUCUUACUCAAAACCAUCCGUCAUAACAACUGGAGUAAAUGAAUUAGUCCAUGACAAUCAUCAGCAACCACAGGCACAAUCUUCUCAUCGUAGACAUCGUACUGGUUCAAUAGCUUCUUUUGUUACUCCCUCAGCAACAAUCUCACGACCCACUCGGCAACAUUAUCCUUCUCACUUCAAUGAUAUCCAUCCAAAUGUAUCUCUUAGUACACGACGUCGCUCUCUUGUGUGAUAUCUUUUUUUUUUAUCGUUACACUUGGCUACACCUUCGAUGAUUCCUUUACUAUAUGCAUUAGUCCUAUAUCACUCACUUUAUGAUUCCUUUUUAUUAUUCAAUAAAAAAAAAUAUUAUCAUUCAUACAACAUUAUC